GUAAUCAAUCACCACGAUUUUACUUUUUAUUUUUUAAGAUAGAAAUAUAGAAAGGACUGGAUAGUGGAAUAGUGGAUACGAAAGUAGACGAUCGAAAAAGCCUAAUCACCUGGCUUAUUAAUCUUUUAUCUAUGACCUAUACUUCAAGUUCCCGCAGUAGGAAAGAUACCCGCCUGUUUGUUUCCGGCUUGUAGUCUUUACCUAAUUAUUAAUUAAUGAAUCAUGUUGAAACUUUGAGAGUCUGAAACUAAUUGUGAAAUCAAGUUUUGUCAAAACGUAUUAGGUUCUAUUGAGUUAUUUAAACGUGUAUUCAAUAUUCAACAUUAAUCUUAUAUAAUAUUUAUCCUAACUACUAAGUAUAAUGAAACUCAGUAUUUUCACUUUAAAUAUAUGAGACAAAUAUAAUUUUAGGGGUUUGAAAUUUGCAGCCAAAGAUCGUAAUGCUCGAGUACGAGCAUUAGCUGACAGUUUAACAAACAAUGGAUAUGAUGUUGUGUGCUUACAGGAAUUAUGGUGCGAAGAUGAUUACAAAUACUUAAAAGCAUCUUGUGACAAUGUAUUUAAAUACAUACAUUAUUUCCACAGUGGCAUGUUAGGAUCAGGAAUGUGCAUCAUGUCACGUUAUCCAAUAAUUGAUCACCAUUACCACUCGUUUAUUUUGAAUGGUUAUUCACAUAUGUUUUGGCAUGGAGAUUGGUUUGGUGGAAAAGGCAUUGGCCUGUGCCGUCUCAAUGUCAAAGGCUUUAUUGUAGAUGUAUACACUACACAUUUACAUGCUUGUUAUAAUGCAUCAAAUGAUAAAUACACAAUUCACAGAAUACUACAAGCUUUUGAAACUGCAAAUUUAAUACGUAUUACAUCUGCUGGUUCUGAUUUAGCAGUUUUAGCUGGUGAUCUCAAUUCUAGUCCAAAUGACAUUUGCUAUAAAUUAGUAUGUUUGGGUGCAAACAUGAUGGACUCUUAUUCAGCGUGUUUAAACAAUAGUAUUGAGUAUACUUACAGUCAUCCUCAAAAUUCAUACAAAGAUGCUAAUGAAAUAAAUGAUCGUAUUGAUUUUAUACUGUACAAAUUUAAUGAAAAGAAUUUAGUGGUUGUAAAUGAACAUAGACAUUCAUUACCACAUCGCGUUCCUGGACAAGAUUUCAGUUACUCAGAUCAUGAACCAAUUGAAGCAGUGUUUGAAAUAUCAGCAAAUAUAAGUAUUGAAAGAAAUAUUUCUAAGAAUUUUGGCUUGAAAUUUGAAAAUGAAUUUCGGAACGUUUUAAAUACUUCUCUGAAUAUCUGUAAUGAAAGAGCUGUAAUAAAUCCAUUAAUAUCAUCAUGGUAUCUUGUAUUUGCAAUCAUUUGUAUAAUAUUUAGUAUAUAUUUGGAUCUAGUACUAUAUACUGAUACCAUUGUUAUUACUACUUUAUUUAUUGUCUUCAUCAUGUGGAUUUAUAACUUGGUUACAAAAUUGACAGAACAAAAUUGUGUUCUCGGAUUUCGUCAUCGUAUAGAAACAUUAUUUUAUAAUCAAUGAGACAGAAUGUUUUUUUCAUAAUAUACAGGGUUGAGAUACAUGUAACAGAUAGCGCUGACAGAUUUAAUUAACUAACUACAUAAUAUAUUUUAUUCUAGUUUAUAUUUUUGAAGUUCAAUUAUGAUUAUUUUUAAUUAUUGACAUAUUAAAAAAAAAAAAUGUUUAUAUUUAUAAGUACAAAAGACUAAAGUUAUUACAUAAUUAAUUACACUUGUCAGUUAUUUCUGUUACAUCCUGCUUGCUUGUAAUUUUUCCUUUUUUUUUAAAUGCUUCAAACACAAUUUUAGAAUUAUUAACAUUAAAUAAGAAGUGACCUAAAUACCUCCUAAUUACUCAAAAAUGUAUUUAAUCAAUGAUAUAUGUUCUUAACUCUAAAUCAUUAUCAUUCCCUAGCUCUUAAUUUUUUUUUUUUUUUUAUUGAACUUGAGCCCGGCAACUGUGGCCAUUAGCUAUUAGUAAGUAUUGUAGGUUUGUAUUAUUGAUGGUUUGUAUUGUAUGUUUUUUUGGGACGGUAGGGGGGAACUCGUGUGUGAGCUCUUAAUUUGCAAUAGCUGUUAUUUUACGUUGUUAGUUAUUUAAUUAUGUUUAAUCAGUUAACUCAAUAUAAUGUUUUCAAAACAAUAUUUCAGUUUUAAUUAAAAUAUUAAAUUGUUUAACAAUACCUAGGUAGAUAGUAUCUAUAAUUAAUAAAUCUAGAUUUAUUUUUAUUCAAAAAUGUUUAAAGUAGGAACAUCGUGCUCGUACAUAUAUUGUAUAUUAAUCAGGGUAUUUGGACGUUUCCCUCUCGAGGAUUUUAGUGGCACUGGACUUCCUUCCCUCCCUGACUAAGGCAUUUCCUCCCUGAAUGAAUAUAUAUUUUUAUACACAUAAUAAUAGAUUGGAAAAUAGGUUCUUUGGUUUUACCCAAAAUAUAUGAUCAUUUAUCAACUAUCAUUAUUCACGUUGUGGAUUUAUUACCCAAAUUAAUGGUUAAUGAUUGAUAAACCAAAGUUAUGUAAAAGUAUUAUUGGACUAUAUUUAUACAUUAAUUUAUCAAUUUGUAUGAAUAUUUAAUGAAAAAUCUCGUAAACAGUACAUUUAUUUAUUUGUAUUUGUAAUUGGUAUUUGGUUUAAUGUUUAAUAUUUUUUUAAAUCUAUAUUAGUGAUUUUUGUAUUGUCAAUAGUGCUUUAAUCUAUUUUUGAAUUAUAUUAAUAUGUUUUAUUUAUUUAUUUAAUUAAAUUAUUAAUUUAUUAAUGUAUACAUUUAUUGAUUUGAAUUGCAUAUUAUUGCUUAAUAUUUUUACUUAUAAUGUUUUGUUAGGGGAGGAAAUGCCCUGUUGGGGGGGAUGUCUAAUGCAUCAAGGGGGAAAUGUUCUAGAUUUAUUCAUUAGUAAUAUAUAAUUUUUUUUCUAUUUUGUUAGAAUUGAAUGAUACCUAUAAUUGCUUAAUACAUGUGCUUUAACAAAUAAUAAAGUAUUACCUAAUAUUCAAUAUUA